AUGGCAUCCAACCAGGACCAGGCCAGCUUCCGCGCCGGCGAGGCCAAGGGCCACACCCAGGAGAAGGCUGGGCAGUUGAUGGGCGCGGCCGAGCACAAGGCCUACGAGGCCAAAGACCGGGUCGCGGCUAUGGCGGGCCACUCCUCUGGACAGGGGCAGGGCGCCACGGAGGCCACCAAGCACAAGGCCGGCGAGGCCACCGACAAGGCGUCCCAGACGGCGCAGGCGGCCAAGGACAGGGCUGCCGGCACGGCGCAGACAGCGAAGGACAAGGCCUCAGACACCGCGCAGGCCGCCAAGGACCGCACCGUCGAGAGCAAGGACCAGACCGGCAGCUUCCUCGGCGAGAAGACGGAGAUGGCCAAGCAGAAGGCCGCGGAGACCGCCGAGGCGGCCGGGCAGAAGGCGGCGGAGACGGCGCGGUACACGCAAGACAGGACAUACGACGCGGCGCAGUACGCCAAGGAGUCCGCCGUCGCCGGCAAGGACAAGACCGGCAGCGUCCUCCAGCAGGCCGGCGAGACGGUGGUGAACGCCGUGGCGGGCGCCAAGGACGCCGUGGCCAACACGCUGGGCAUGGGCGGAGACAACACCAACACCACCGGCACCACAGAGAAGAUCGUCAAGGAUCACCGCUAG